GAGGGAUAUUUCUUUUGGUGCUGGUUCCUCGACUGGGGGCCUCUCCAGGGAAGUAAAACCCAGUCGCAGCAGCCGCGGAACUGGGCUGAGGUCCUGAGUGAGCUGAGAGGAUCUGCCUAGAGCCCGCCGCGCCAGCUGGGGAGGAGAGAACGAGGCUGCGAGGCUGAAAAACACUCCACCUCCACUUGCCAAUAUUGUUUCAGAAUGUCAAGUCCUGUGUCCUACUGGAUCUUCAAUUCUGCAAGGAAUCGUGUUGCUUUCUUACGAGGGGGUAGCCGCCUAUACUCAAGGGCUGCCACGAGUAGGAACCAACUGAAAUGGAGGCUCUUUUCUCCAGCAUCGUCAGCCGUAAAGGGCAGUUCUCCAUGUGGUAGCUUUGCGCUGCAGAAAGCCUACAGACACACAUCAACGGAGGAAGAGGAUUUCCAUUUACAGCUCAGCCCUGAACAGGUCAAUGACCUGCUCCGAGCAGGCGAGUCAUCCCACAAGGUUCUUGAUUUCAAUAAUGGAGUUCCAAAUUCAGUGUUAAGGUUUGAGAGCAACCAGUUGGCUGCCAAUUCCCCAGUGGAGGACCGACAAGGUGUGGCUUCCUGCGUCCAAACGAAUGGGAUGAUGUUUGGUAUUUUUGAUGGACACGGUGGCCAUGCGUGCUCACAAGCAGUGAGCGAGAGGCUUUUCUACUACAUGGCGGUGUCCCUGAUGUCCCAUCAGACCUUGGAGCAGAUGGAGGAAGCAAUGGAAAACAUGAAGCCUUUGCUGCCCAUCCUGCAGUGGCUCAAGCACCCUGGAGAUAGUAUUUAUAAGGAUGUCACAUCAGUGCAUCUGGACCACCUCCGUGUCUAUUGGCAGGAACUCCUUGAUCUGCAUAUGGAAAUGGGGCUAAGCAUUGAAGAAGCAUUGACGUACUCCUUCCAGAGACUGGAUUCUGACAUCUCGCUAGAAAUUCAGGCUCCUCUGGAAGAUGAGCUGACGAGGAACUUAGCCCUCCAGGUUGCUUUCUCGGGAGCAACAGCCUGCAUGGCCCACGUCAAUGGAGUUCACCUGCACGUAGCAAAUGCUGGUGACUGCCGGGCUAUCCUUGGUGUCCAGGAAGAUAAUGGUGCAUGGUCAUGUUUACCUCUUACCCGUGACCACAAUGCCUGGAAUGAGGCUGAGAUGUCCCGGCUUAAGAGAGAACACCCUGAGUCUGAGGACAGGACACUCAUUAUAGAAGACAGGCUGCUGGGAGUCCUCAUACCCUGCAGGGCCUUCGGGGAUGUCCAGCUAAAAUGGAGUAAAGAGCUGCAACGUAAUGUCCUAGAGAGGGGCUUUGAUACCGAGGCCCUCAACAUCUACCAGUUUACCCCGCCCCACUACCACACUCCACCCUACCUGACUGCCAAGCCUGAGGUCACCUACCACAGGCUGCGGCGCCAAGAUAAGUUCCUUGUGCUGGCCUCAGAUGGCCUGUGGGACAUGCUGGGGAAUGAGGAUGUGGUAAAGCUGGUGGUGGGGCACCUGUCCAAGGUGGAUUGCCAGAAGCCAGACCUGGACCAAAGACCAGCCAACCUGGGCCUCAUGCGGAGUCUGCUAUUGCAGAGGAAAGCCAGUGGGCUCCAUGCAGCUGAUCAGAACACAGCCACGCAUCUGAUCAGACAUGCCAUCGGGAGCAAUGAGUAUGGGAAUAUAGAGCCAGAGCGGCUGGCCGCCAUGCUGACACUGCCAGAGGAUGUGGCCAGGAUGUACCGGGAUGACAUCACUGUCAUGGUGGUGUUUUUUAACUCUGAUUCAAUUGAUACCUACUAUAAGGAGGGUUAAGAGUCUUCACUCUAGCCAAGGCAAACAUGAAUGCCCUGUAGAACACUUUCACUCCUUAGUGAGCAAUUGAAACCUUAGUAAGGAAUAGGCAGACAUGGGUUGCUGAGUAAUUAACACCAGAAGGGAGGGAAAGCUAGGCUUAGUGCAAAAAGACAUUAGGAGUGAUUUUUGUCCUGUGUGUGAUGGUCAGCUCUCCUAUGUAGCAGACAGAAUAAAGACUAAAAUUGGCUUAGGCUCACAUAGCCCAUUUCCUUUAUAAAGACUGUUAAAUUGUGUCAUCCUGUGCUUUUAAAGGAUAAAUUUAAUCAUGAGUCUAAGAAUAAAGAACUUUAGGAUCUUCUGAGA